AUGGAGGGUCCCGAACUAUGGACUGCUUCAAAUUCAUAUAUCCCUCUUCUUCCCUCGGCCACUAUCAUCUUCAAGAUAUCUAUCUACAACGCCGAUUGCUCUUUCCUCUUGAACGCCACGGCGUCCGAUUGGUGUCCGUCUAUUCAUGUCCUUCCAUUGGACGAUGGUGAUGUCUACAACUACCUCGAUGCUCAUCCGGACUUGAUUGCCAGGUACUUGAAAGAGCGGGCUCCGCUGGCGGAGUCUCUCCUCAAGGAAUUCCUUCCAGGUCACGUCAGGCCCGCUGAGACAGUCAACAACAAUCCAGCAGAGAAACCGGGCCCUGACACUACUCUCGAAGACGAUCUGGAGGUCAUGUUUCCCGGUGUCGAGUUUGACAAGGAGCUCUUUGUUGAUGAUGUGGAUGAAGUCGAAACCAAUGCUGCUGUUGACAAGGAGCAAGAGCAACAAGAGCCAAUCCUGGUCUCUGACGACGAGUCUGAGGAGGAGCACGAUGGCCAAUCUGUCGAGGCUACCGCAUACGACCAGGAGUCCGAAGAUGAAUAUGAUCACGAAUCCAAAGAUCAUGAUGCUCACGAAUCUGAGGAUGAUUCUGACCCAGACUUUGUUGAUGACCACGACCAAGAACCAGCUGAGAAUUCCGACCAGGAACUGGACGAGGAGGUCACUCAGGCUGCUCCGGACAACGGCACUUACCAAUCGGACCUCAAGUCUCUGGUGUCUUCGCCAUCGUUGUCGCUCUCCGGACGUUUGACGCCAGCAUCACCAAUCCUGUCUCCGUUGCCAUGUGCUUCGCAUCCAUCACCGGCGCCGGCACCAUCACCAGCUCUGUCUCCAUCUCCAAGAUCAUCACCAGUCCCAACUCCGAGUACGUCUCCACGUCCAACACCACAGCCAGCUCGGUCGGCUUCUUAUCCUCCAUCUCCAACCCCCACACCGGAGGGCAACUCUUCCACACCAGAGGGCAACUCUUUUCUCCCGUUCCCUGCACCCGCGAACCUUGUUGCGGCGUCGAGAAUGGAGCCCGAGGGCAAGAAGUGGCGAUUGUUCGAGGAAGAAGCAUGCAUCCAGCACAUGGUCCACAUCCGAGACGAAGGCAAGAUCAAGGGCGAGGCCCGGUUUGCAGAAGCUCAGCGCCGCAUGGCUCAGAUUGACGGGAUCACGAAAACCGGCAAGUUCGCAGUCAAGAACUUCUGGAACCGUGUCGGCCGCGCUCGCUCCGGCUUUGACGAACGCAAGAACAAGAACGCACCUCUGGCCACUUCCCAGCAGGGCAAACCUGGCUCUGGUGGAAUUGCUCAGCCGAAACCGUCCAAACUCAAGCGAAAGGCCCAGACUCAGACUCAGCGUCGGGCUUCGUCAGCCAAGUACACCACCACCCCAGGCAAUAAGCGUCGCCGAAUCUACGAGACCGAGACCGAGACCGAUUCUGACGACGACGACAAGUACGCGACAGACGACUCCGAGCCGGUCAGGGCACCUACCCGCAAGAGAGACAGAGACGACAGCGAAGAUGAGUGGCAGCCGGACGAGCAAGUCAUCAAUGCACUGCAGAAGGGGUUGAGGGCACCGAAAAAGGCUCGCAUUGCAUAUUGA